AUGCCUUUCGCCCUGUACGCCGGUCUGGUGGCCUUCGUUACGUCAGCACUCUCCAGUUAUCUCUCCUCUCAGAUCACAACGUUGGAGAAGCAAUAUGGAUGGUCGAGUGGUCGAAUUGGCAUAUUGGUUUCUAUCAAUGAGGUGGGCUAUUUAACCAGCAUUCUCGCCAUUACCUAUUUUACUCGCCAAUCCCACAUCCCCAGGGUCCUCGCUAUUUGCUGCUUUUUCUUAUGUAUGUCGAGUGAACGAAACACAUCAAAGUACGCCGGAGUCGACACGUGUUCGAAGUCCAACACAGACCACGUCAACCAAGCUAAAACCGUGGCUUUUGCUCUGAUCGCUUCCGGAAUGUUUCCAGGGUUUGCUAACAGUCCCAGAGUGCCACUGACAUUAACAUACAUAGAUGACAACGUCCAGAGCUCACAAACAGUCCUCUAUUCCGCAAUCACUUCAUCCAUGAUGCUGCUUGGCUACACCUUGGCAUAUUCCAUGGGCGCUGUUUUCAGCAGGAUUCACGUGUCUCUGAAAGGUUCCCGAGUGUCAUUGCAGUAUCCAAUCGUUCUUUUCACAGACACGCUUAUGGCACCCGAGGACCCACGCUGGAUCGGCGCCUGGUGGCUUGGCUUCGUUGUCAAGGGAACCGUAGCAGUCGUCAUUCCCGUUCCCUUGUGGUUCUUUCCCAGACGACUUUCAACAACACAAGCUCUAGAAAGGAGAACGCAGCUACCUGAGCGUCCUGGGGAGAUCAAGCCAUCUCUGUCCACACAGGUCAAAGACAUACCUGCUACAACUUUAAGACUACUGAUCAAUCAUGUGUAUACUCUCCUCGUUCUGGGCAUUGGGCUGAAGGCUCUCCGCACCGCGGGAUAUGCAGCAUUCAAUCCGAAGUACAUGGAAGUACAUUUCAGUCUCACUGCAUCGGAGGCUAACCUCUUUGGCGGUGUGUCAGCUUCGUCAGCCAUCAUCGUGUCUGUGAUUCUCAACGGGAUUCUCAUUUCCCGGCUCAAACUGCAGUUUAAAGGUUUGCUGCGGAUGGCCCUGCUUUGUGAGACGAUUUCCAGCAUCUUGUUCCUGCUGGGAAUGACCAUUUCCUGUCCACAGCCAUCCAUCAGAGGUUUGGACAUCAUGAGGACAGAUGGUUUUUUGGGGCCGAUCUUGUUUGGCAAUGUGACUGAUACCACGUGUAGACUCUGGCACAAGUCUUGCGGUGUGAAGGGCGCAUGUGCGUUGUAUGACAUUGCAGAUUUGCGCAUUAAGUACCACCUAGUUGACGUCAUCAUCAGUUUUGCAUAUAUAAUUGUGUUUUUUGGCGCGUACGUUUGCAAAAUGCGCAGUCUGAGCAGCAGGCCUACAUCUGAUGUCCUAGCUGUCGACGGCAGUCAAAUUUGUGUAGGCGAGCAUGAAGGAGCAAAAUGUCGCGAUGUUGCCAUAUAA